AUGGCCUCGACUCUUCUGCUCUGGCAACUCAGCAAAAUUGGGCGGCGGCCAAGCAACUACCCCCCUGGGCCGCCAACACUACCUUUGAUUGGCAACCUUCAUCUGAUGCCAAAGAAGCAUGCCCACUUGCAGUUUCAGAAAUGGGCAGAAGAGUAUGGACCGAUAUACUCAAUCAUGUUUGGGCCUAGAGUUGCCAUUGUUUUAUCGUCAGAUGUGGCUGUCAAAGACUUGCUGGACAAGCGCAACUCAAUCUACUCAGGCAGACCGGAAAUGUACAUGGGCCAAGAUAUUAUGAGCGGAGGUCUCCGUCCGCUAUUCAUGGGAAACGUUCCAGUGUGGCGCAUGGUUCGAAAGCUCGCACAUGGUAUUCUCAAUGUGAAGAUCUCUCGAACAUAUGUGCCAUACCAGGACCUCGAAGUCAAAGCCAUGCUCAUGGGAUUCUUGGAUAGCCCAAAAGACUUUUUGAAUCACAUUCGCCGAUAUACAACGUCUCUCACUACGCAGAUGGCUUUUGGCUACCGCACAGCGGCAAGCGACGAUGAAGAUUUACUCAGCAUGUUUGAAAACUUUGAUGAGCUCUCCCAAAUUGCUACAAAUAAAGCCGGUGCCAUACUCGAUUUGUACCCCAUUGCCAGAUCUCUACCUGAUUUUCUCCUUCCGAUCAGAAAGGCAGGAAAAGAAUACCACAAGAGAGAAAUGAAACUGUUCAUGAAGCACUUCUUGAAUGCUCGCAAACAACUGAAGAGCGGUAAUGCAAAGCCAUGCUGCGCCAUUGAUCUUCUCAACGCACAAAAGGAACUCGGCUUCUCAGAUGAGCUAGCAUGCUAUAUGGGUGGUUCCCUCCUCCAAGCCGGCUCUGAAACUACAGCAAUCAUCUUGGUUGGCUUCUUUGAGGCCAUGCUGGUCUAUCCUGAGGUCGCCAAAGAAGCGCAAGCGGAAAUUGAUCGCGUCUGCGGAGACCGCAUGCCUGACUUGAAUGAUGUUCCCGAUAUGCCUUAUAUCCGUGCUUGCAUGAAAGAAAGUAUGCGAUGGAUGCCUGCUACAGCUCUUGGUGUACCGCAUGCCGUGACGCAGGAUGACUCCUACAUGGGCUAUCAUAUCCCUAAAGACUCUGCUGUUUUUCUCAACGUCUGGGCCAUUCAAAAUGAUCCCCAAAGACAUCCCGAUCCGCGAAAAUACGACCCUUCUCGCUGGGCAGGAGACCACCAAAAUUCGGCCCAAUCAGCUGUCACCGGCGAUCCUACCAAGCGUGAUCACUAUGUUUUCGGAGCUGGUCGACGGUUAUGCCAAGGAAUGCACAUCGCUGAUCGGUCUCUUUUCCUGGCAAUGUCCCGUACGCUCUGGGCAUUCGAUUUGAAGCGCCCAAUUGAUGAGAAGACGGGACGGGAGAUCAUCCCAGACGUUGAUGACAUCCAAGAUGGUCUGUUUAUUUCGCCUGCACCUUUCAAGGCCAACAUUGUUCCAAGAAGCGAGAGUAGAGCUGCAGCAGUACGGAAGGAAUGGGAGAUGGAAAAUCGUCCCGGAGGGCCUCAAAUGGAGAGACUAUGA